CUGAAAACCAUUCGUAGUACAAUGGCGCUCUCCAAAACGACCGGUAGAAUCACGAAGGUGGUGGAUCUUGUUUCAAAGGCUUCAUCUCUUAUGGUAACGGAAGCCAUACCUAGGUUGAACGUUUUCAAGGUAUACGCACGUGUGGAACUAAGGCCGCCGAGGUUAAGUGAAUUAAAACCAGCGUUAGAAGAGACACGCAAACUUAUCAGUGCUGGAAAAAGUGGUGCUUGGAAGAAUGUUACUGUAAAGGAGGGACUAGUUAACGCUGCAGUGACAGCAGAAGUAUUAUUUUGGUUUUUUUUCGGCGAGAUGAUUGGACGAAGAAGCUUCCUUGGAUAUAGUCGUGUACCGGGUGCUUACCUAAAACACCACUGAUUUGACCAUUUGUGUAACUCCUGUAAUGCGUAGAAGUUUAUGUAGAUAUAGUAGGAUUUGUAGUGACGAACAAAUUAGAGGUGUUAUACGUUGUUGUCACACUUGUUGUUAUAUUUCCCACUAGCUACACAUUUUCAUUAAAAACCUUUUUUUGAAUGCGUUUUGUUAUAUGAAAUGUGUGUUGCUUGAUGUGUGUGUGCGUGUGUGUCUCAAAGAUAAGUUCCUCAAGUAUGCUCCAUAGAAUUCCUAGCAAAUUGUUCCCACACUUCUGUUUGUUUUCAGUUAUAAGGGUAGUAGGCCAUUCGCUUCCAUGUCCUCACAACCCGAAAACUC